AUGUCCAAGCUAAACCGGUCUGUUUUGGGUCUAGUACUGGCAGCUUUUGUUCCUUUCCAAUUUUUCUUACCUAGCAACUCCUUUUUAGCUUACCAUUACACUCCUCCGCCCCUCUUCACUGAAUUAUUAUACCAAAAUAGGAUGAUGAUGGCGAUUCGCCUCCUUUUGACAUUUUCUUUUUACGCCAAUGCAAAUUCCCUUCUGGAUACACGUGAACCAAAAGAAGGGACUAUUCGUUCGUUGGCUUCGAUUCGGUUUAUCUCAAUGACAUGGGUUGCUGCAGGGCAUAGUCUAUUACCAUAUGUCUCUAGCGACGCUUUACUGCCGGUGCUUUCUCUGUGGAAUCCACUUCUUGCUACUACCUUCACCAAUGCGUUCUUAUCCGUCGAUACAUUUUUUCUACUUUCUGGCAUUCUCGUGGCUUACUUGUUCUUCAAAGUCAGGCCUCCUUCAAAAGUUGUGAAAAAUCCACUCACUUGGAUUAUGUUCUAUGUUCAUCGCUAUUUGAGGCUUACACCUCCUAUAAUGAUGUUCAUCGGAUUUUACACUGUAAUGUCUCCAUUUCUGAAAGGACCGUGGAUGGCGGCUAAGCCACGCAACAGCCUCGACGCUAACGCCGCUCAGGCUUGUCAGAAAUACUGGUGGCAAAAUAUGCUGUACAUUAAUAACUUCUUUGGAAUGCGAAACGAAUGCUAUCCAAUCACAUGGUAUCUCGCCGUCGACACCCAGCUUUACGUCAGCGCUCCACUCUUCUUGAUCUCUUUUUACAUCUCACCCAUCAUAGGUAAAUUUUUAUCCGCUGAAUUGGAAAGUAUCCAUUUUUUUUUUGACAUAUUCUACCAAAAACCAUGGACUCGCUGCCCUCCUUAUCUCAUUGGAAUAGGUGUCGGCUACCUUCUAGCCAAGCUCAAAGGCAGGAAACCGAAAAUUUCUUGGGUAGGUGAUUUAAUACACAUUAGCUUGAGAAGUGUGACCUACAUACUUUUGAAUUAUUCCAGCAAGUUCGUCCGAGCUACGUACAACAAUUUUUCAAGAAUCGGAUGGUCGUUGGCUGUGUCGUGGGUAAUUGUGGCGAAUCACCUUGGAUGGGGAGGUCCAAUCGCGAGAUUCAUGGAUCAUCCAUUAUGGCAACCCCUCGGUCGGCUGUCCUAUUGCGCUUACAUUGUUCACUUCUUUAUCAUUCAGUAUGUGUUCAACCUCGAUGAUCGACCGACUCACUACGUUUCCAUUUGGCAAUCGUACGUCUACCGAGCUAUACCCAUCGUUGUGCUUUCCUACAUCAUGGCAUUCAUUUGGAGCUGCUUAUUCGAAGUCUCUACAACUAAACUCGAAAAAAUGCUCCUUGAAGGUCUGAUUCCUGAAACGAGAACGCACGUAAGGCCCAUAGUGUCAACCACGGGUGAGCUACGGAUACAAGAAGGAAAACGAGAAGUUUAG